AUACUCAACACACUCAAGGGGAACGAUUGAAACUACUGUCACCGCAGAGAAGAACAUCAUCAACAGGAUGUGGUUUUCACUGGCUGUGCUUCUCCUGGCUUCAUGCUGUCUGGUGGAUGUGACUCAUGCUGAAGAAACAAAGGAAAACACUAUGUCAGCCUCCAGGUUGGCAUCAGUCCGGUCCAGGCGAAUGGUUGGUGGGAUGCUGGCUCCUCAUGUCCCCUGGCAGGCCAUGAUCUACCUCUCUGACAAUGUGGUGACUGGAGGCUACGCAGGUGGGGCCUUAAUCUCUGACCGCUGGAUUUUGACGGCUGGCAGGAACCUUUUUGUCAGAAAGACAAGACAGGAUACCCAGGGACAAAAUCCUGUAAUUCCUAAAGUCUAUCUGGGAAUCAGAGGUCUUCCAGAAGCAACUGAGGCCAAACAAGUGGCUGUAGAGAAGAUUGUUCUUCAUCCAGGCUUUCAGAACCACACUGACUGGGACAACGACCUGGCUCUGAUUAAGCUGAAGGAACCUGUAGUUAUUAACGAUAAAGUGACCCCCAUCCCCCUGCCUGAGGCAAACCAGCACACCUUGAUUGGACCUGGGGUCAUUACAGGCUGGGGUUGGGGUCAUCUGUUAACUGCUUCUGAAUCGCUCAAACACAUGACCCUUCCCCUGGCUCCCGUGUCAUCCUGUAGGUAUGAAUUUACUGAGAGCAACACAACAGUUGUAGAUGGCAACGUGUUCUGCACCCGACCUGCCCCAUUUGACCAAAACGUUUGUUUCGGGGAUGCAGGGGGUGCUUUGGCUGUCAUAGAUGAUAACACUGGAGAUGUUUAUGCUCAAGGGAUCCUGUCCUAUGAUAAGCCCUGCAGAAGGCAGAGAUAUGCAGUGUACAUGAAGGUUUCUGCCUAUUUGCCCUGGAUCCACAGUGUCAUCAGAGGAGAUACAGAGGGGUCGGCUGCUCUGCGUGUCAGUGUGAUGAAAAGGAUGUACUCAUUGUAAUCUAGCAGCAGAGCCUCAGGCCUUCUUCUCUUCUUUUUCAGUUGAAGUCAAUCACCUAAUAUGUCCAACAAGGGCAGUUAAGAGGCAUUUAGUGAAACAUGAAAGGUAUUAAGUCAGUGGAUCAUUAUUAAAUCAUUUUCAUGAAA